AUGGAGCUGGAGGGGCGGGGGGCCGGCGGCGUGGCGGGGGGGCCUACGACUGGGCCGGGGCGGAGCCCCGGGGAGUCAGCGCUGCUGGACGGGUGGCUGCAGCGGGGCGUGGGCCGGGGGGCCGGCGGCGGGGAGGCCGGGGCCUGUAGGCCCCCAGUCCGGCAGGAGCCGGAGCCCGACCCGGACUACGAGGCGCUGCCCGCCGGAGCUACUGUCACAACCCACAUGGUGGCGGGCGCCGUGGCCGGGAUCCUGGAGCACUGCGUGAUGUAUCCUGUCGACUGUGUCAAGACCCGGAUGCAGAGCCUACAGCCAGAUCCAGCUGCUCGAUACCGAAAUGUGUUGGAUGCCCUGUGGAGGAUUGUGCGAACUGAAGGCCUGUGGAGGCCCAUGCGGGGCUUGAACAUCACUGCAACGGGGGCCGGGCCUGCCCAUGCCCGGUAUUUUGCCUGCUAUGAAAAAUUAAAAAGACACGAGUGAUGUAAUCCAUCCGGGGGCAAUAGCCAUAUUGCCAAUGGUGCAGCAGGGUGUGUAGCAACAUUACUCCAUGACGCGGCCAUGAAUCCAGCAGAAGUGGUCAAACAGAGGAUGCAGAUGUACAACUCACCGUACCAUCGGGUGACAGACUGUGUUCGGGCAGUGUGGCAGAACGAAGGGGCUGGAGCCUUUUACCGAAGCUACACCACCCAGUUAACCAUGAACGUCCCUUUCCAAGCCAUUCACUUCAUGACCUACGAAUUCCUGCAAGAGCACUUUAACCCCCACAGACAGUACGACCCUAGCUCCCAUGUCAUCUCUGGGGCCUGUGCAGGAGCCGUAGCUGCUGCCCUCACCACCCCUUUGGACGUUUGCAAAACACUGCUCAACACCCAGGAAUCCUUGGCUUUGAACUCAAAUAUUAGUGGACAUAUCUCAGGCAUGGCUAGUGCCUUCAGGACGGUGUACCGGGUAGGCGGGGUGACUGCCUACUUCCGAGGGGUACAGGCCAGAGUCAUUUAUCAGAUCCCCUCCACGGCCAUUGCAUGGUCUGUGUAUGAGUUCUUCAAAUACCUAAUCACCAAACACCAGGAAGAGCGAAGGGCUGGAAAAUGAGAUGGCAUCGAUACCAGGGCUUGGUACUGCCCUGUGCUUUGGCCCUGGUACCCCUUUUGUGGUUGGCUUGAGUCUUUCCGGUUCGUGUUGGAGGGGAGGCAGAAAAGGGUGUCGUCACCAACGCCACUUCUUGCCAGUACCUGUUACAACUCUCCUGCCUUUCCUUGCCCAGCAGAGCUUCCCCCAAGGAAGGGCAGUGCCACACACAGCAGCACAACAUCCACAACUUGUCAUGCAUCAUCCUUGUCCAGGUUCUUCUGCUCCAGAUUACAGAGCAAAAAGUCAGGCUCCUUCUCCUGGUUCCGAAUAAAGAGGCUUCUUUAAA